AUGGCUCUGGCAAAUGGAGCGUCGAACGCUCGAGACUUCCAACCUCCCCCGUCUUCAAUGCUCGCAACCCAUGUCGUAAACAGUCGCGGUCCUCCAAGGCUAAAUGCACACGACUUUGCUGAGCUUCUCCAAGAGUCACUGAGCACGAAUGAGAAAGGCGAAUCUAACAUAGGCACUGAUGCUGAGGUCAAUCGCAAGCUGCUCAAUGUCGUGCUCUCGAUCGGUGUCCAGCCACUAAUUGAACCUCAGACAGAUGAUCCAUUUCGAAGACGCAUCGAUCAAGGUAGGAACGCAAACCAGCUGAAAGACUGCCUAGAUGUGCUCAAUUUGACUCUUCAACGUACACCCGAGAUUGUCUUCCAACAUGCUGGUUCAAACACGCACGAGACUGAAAAUGCACGACCUAUUCACAUCGUACUCCUCGCCGCGGCAGUCAAGCUAGUACUGCAAUCGCAGAAGGUGGACCUGUCGAAGAAGUGUGCCGAUAUACUACAGGCAUGCUUAAACGCUGAUAAGAAUUGCGCUUGCGGCUCUUGUGGCACCAUCGUUGAUUGCUAUAGAGAGAUUAUAGCUGUACUUGCAAAGAGGGCCUCGCUAGCCGUUCUGACACCAAAGUCUUCCUCGGAGACCUCCCUACCGAAAGAUGAUACUCUUGCGCAUGCCUCGCUCCCGUGUAGAUUGUUCUUUACUCGGCUGAAUGUUCUGCGUCAACAGGACUUUGUUUCCGCUGGCAUCUUCAUUGUCCAGGCUUUGCUUCACCAGCAGCUUCCCCGAAUAGUCACACUGCAGCUAAAGAAGCAUCUCAGGCAGUUUGAAGUGGCUAUACAGAGUCCACGCCCAAGUGAGAACAGUGAUCACGAUAUUGAGGGCUUGAAGUCAAGAUUGGCGGGCCUUGCGUUGUCCUCUCACCUCGGUCUGACAGACGACAAAGUUGAAGCCGAACACGAUUUUCUAGAUAGCCCUCGCUUGCGUAAGCGCCCUCGCCUUAGUACAGAUCAACAGGAUAACGCCGAAUCCGACACAGAUCUAGUCGCCUCGAUUGCAUUCGUCGUCACAAGACAGCUUACCGGCCAUAGCGUUGCUGAUUUCGACAGUGUCGCGGCAAAUUGCUCCUCAAACUUCAGACGGCUGUCUGAACUCAAGCAAGCUGAAGCUGUGCAGUUAUUGGGCACCAGUGCCUGUCAAUUGGCACGGGACUCGAGGUCGACGACUUGUCAUUUCUGCGACACCAGGCUUCCACAGCCACAUCAUGGUGCACACUCAACCGAGGUUGAGAAGAUAAUUGAUACGCUAGAAGCAUUACAACCACAUCUCGAGCGUGGGAACACCACGCGUCUGGCAGCUUUGGAAGCUUAUCGAAGAGUGCUUAAUCAUCUUGCAAGCUCUCCGCGUCUCGACCUUACACGAUCAGUUGCAGGCAGGUUCGGCUUAAACAUGCUUCGCAGUUCAAGUCGUGACGCAAGGAUCAAAGCAGUAAACUUACUGCAGGUCUUCCUUCGCGAGCUUCCGAACGACGCGGAGGCCAUAACGCGAAGCAAUCGUGUUGCCAUGCUAGAGUAUCUACAAACUCUGUGGCAAAGCGGUCGUCUGGUUGCUCAAGAAGGUGUUGUACUGGCUUUGUUCAGACUUGCGACCUUUGUAGGCGAUGAAGAGCUUAACAUCGUAUUACUCCGCCUUAUUGAGUAUCUGGGCCAUCCAAACGCCUACAUCGCAGGCUUAAUUGCUGCAGAGUUUGUACAGCUAGCCCAAGCACUCCAAACCAGCAUGCAGGGACUGCUUCGGCCUUUCUGGAGAACAAUCAGUGUGGUUAUUGUCAAACACAUCACGUCACGACCUGCUGUUGCACAGCAAGUGUGCGAGUUACUAGGUAUGAACAUUACAGGCCUGUUACCAAUCAUGGAGGAGGACGCUGUUCCAUAUCUAGUUGUAACCGGACAGGUUGAUGCCCUUCAGAAGAUAGCUUCUUCCAACAAUUCACCUAUGAAUGCCUUUGAGCUGUGCGUCCAGCCAAACAUCUUGCCAAAAGUCCUCGCGGCGCUUCUCGCGCAAGGCUACGCCGAGCCACAAGACAAAAUACUGGAAAUGCUUGAGAAAGUCUCCGAGGACUUCGGUGAGCAGAAGCUCGCCACCUGGCUUGGUAUCAACCACAGUAAGAUCGCAUGCGAGCUGCUCAAAUUGGCAGGCGAUGAAGGGCAUGGUAAGAGUAUCAAGGCCCUUCCAGGAUUGCAAUUGCUUGCUCAGCUGGCAUACCGGAAAUCCCCAGGUGCAAACGCCGGCCGCCGCAGCGACUGGAUACCAUCCUUUCUGGAAACCAAUGCUUGGGAGAUCGUCACCAUCUUCACCUCUGUCUUUGCCGAUUCUGUUACCCGAGAAAAGAACGUAGAACGACGAAGGUGCUUGAUGGCUUUGUGUGAGGUUGCAACACUCGCAAAAGGACGUGUUAGCUUUGUGAUACCUUCCAUCUGUGCUUGUCUACGCUCAGCCAUGAACGAUGACGCCUUGCGUGACGCGGCAUAUUUGGCUUGGAGUCACAUGGCUCUUGGGCUCGAGAAGGAGGAAAUAGGUGAUCUACUCGAUCAAACCUUUUCAAUCACAAUCAAACAUUGGCCGGACCUUAAAAGUAAUACCAGACGUGUGGGACAAUCCGUGAUCAUACACCUUAUCACAAAACAGCGAGCAUAUGUCCAGGAAUGGAUCGACCUCCUGCCCUCCCUGAAAUCUAUACCAGCUCUCGCUACAGCCGAGAAAGAGCUCCAAGGAAUGAGACAACCAAAGGACGAGAUGAGCCAGCUACAGAGUUUCAUCCCACGACUCAAGCACGAGACUAUGGUUGUUGCCGAGUGCGCUAUGGCCGAGCUUGUAGAAGUGCUUCGAGCUAAAAGUGAUUUUGUUCAGAGAUCGUUGAUGCGCGAGCAGCCUGACCCUGUCUUUGCGGAGUUGAUACGUGCCAUACUGGAUUGUCAAGUGAGAUUCGAACAUGAUAGAGAGGUCGUUCUGUACGCUUCGCAGUGCCUCGGAGCCAUGGGUCGAGUUGACACGAGUCGCGUCGAGCUAGCACGUGAGAAACUGACACUGACUGUUGUGACGAACUUUGCAAUAGCUGCAGAAACUACGGAUUUCCUCAUGUUCUUCAUGGAACGGGUAGUUGUCAAAGAGUACCUUUCAGCUUCCAGUCUGCGAUCUAAAAAUUUCCUAGGCUGGGCUCUGCAGGAACUGUUACUUCUUUGCGAGAUAACACCGGAAAUAGCAGCCAGGACUCGUGUCCAAGGGGCUAGUGGCAGAGACCGCCAAUGGCUGAACCUUGCUGAAGAGACACGCCUAAUCCUAACACCAUUUCUCACUUCUAAAUUCUUAGCUCCUGGAAAGCGUGUCACAGAGCCACCCGAAUAUCCGAUCUUCAAGCCGAAUUUGCCUUUCGAAACCUGGUUGACUGCUCUGACCCUGGAUCUGCUCACGAAAGGUCCUGCUCAAAAUGUGAACUUCGUCUUCGACGUCUGCUGGAAGAUAGUGCAUUUCAGCCGUGGGGUAGCUAUCGCUUCUUUCUUGUUGCCCUAUGCAGCUCUGAACUUACUACUCAACGGCACAGCAAAGGAGAUCAAGGAUUUUCAAGGAGAGAUUUUGUGCAUCCUUGGGCAGCCCUAUCAUGAUAUGGACAGCACGAACCAGGAGACUGUGCGUCAAUGUAGUCAAAGUGUAUUCGAUAUACUGGACUACAUGUCGACAUGGUUGCAGAGCAAGAGGAAAUGGUUUGCAGGAGCUCAGAGCCGAGCUGAGCGUGGGCUGCGAGAUAUUCUGCUAGAUACAGCAGUGCCUCACAUUGAAGCAGUAGAUUCAUUGCUAAGGUCUAUUCCGCCAGACAUGAUUACACAACGAUCUAUCGAGUGCAGGUCAUAUGCACGAGCAUUACUUCACUGGGAAGAACACAUUCAUGCCACGAAGGAUCCAUCUGACGACGACUAUCGCAGACUACAAGACAUCUACGCACAGAUCGACGAGCCUGAUGGUAUCGACGGUAUAUCAUCGUGCAUGCGUGUCCUCAAUGUCGAGUCGCAAAUCCUGGAGCACAGAAAAGCUGGACGUUGGCAGGCUGCACAGAAUUGGUAUGAGAUGCAGAUGACAGAGUCUCCUAACGACGGUGAUGUCCGGGUCAACCUGCUCCAUGCUUUGAAAGAGUCCGGUCAGUACGAUGUGUUAUUGCAUCAUUUCAAUGGUAUUAGAGAGAAGGACGCCUCAAUCGAGUCAAGACUGCUACCUUUCGCCGCUGAAGCUGCUUGGGCAACGGCUCAGUUCGACACACUAAGACAUUUAGUUGACCUUGGCAAGAACGACGAUUUCAAUCUUCACCUUGGGUCCAAGCUAGCUGCGUUAAGCUCAUCAAGUGACCGAACAGUAGAUGGCGCGUUGUGGUUCAAUUCUACGAAGGGUCUUUCCUUGAACACAACGUCAACAAUUGCUGCUAGCAGCGACAUGAUACUUAGGGCUCAUGUCGUGGAGGAUCUCCGUCUCAUGACAUGCGCUACCCCCGAGACAAAGACAAAAGUUAUCGAAGCCCUGGAUAGACGUCUGGAUAUACUUGGAACCGAUCUGAAUGCGAAACACUACGUUUUGAACGUCCAUAGAGCCAUCAUGCAUUUGAGGAAAGAUGUUUUCGACAACAACGACAUGGCAUCUUCAUGGCUCACUACUGCUAAGCUCGCUCGAAAGGCUCGUUUGCCUAAUCAGGCAUUUGAUGCCGCUAUGCGAGCGUCGUCGCUAGGCAGCCAGUCCGUGAUCAUUGAGCAGUCGAAAUUGAUGUGGCUAGAGGGCCGCCCUCGUAAAGCAAUCAAAACUCUGGAGAAGGCGAUUGAAUCAGGGGCUUUCAAUGCGAGUACUUACCUGGCUAACAGAGACCCAACACUCUCUCGUUCUGAAACGCAAGAGCAAAACGACAUGACAGCUAAAGCGCAUGUUCUCCUAGGAAAGUGGCUUGAUCAAGCUGGUCAGACCCAAUCAGACGUCAUUAUCAAGACCUUCAGAAAGUCAACGGAACAGAACAGAACGUGGGAGCGCGGCUGGUACCAUCUAGGGCGACAUUACAACAAGAUCCUGGAAUCAGAGCGACAAAAACCGCCUGGUAAGGAGAGCCAGCAGUUUCUAACAGGUGAGGCAGCAAGGGUUGUCAUUGACAACUUUCUACGUGCGUUAGCUUGUGGCAACAAAUACCUCUUCCAGACUCUACCAAAAAUGCUUACGUUGUGGCUGGAACUGGUUUCACGACCUGAGCUCGAGCACGAUGCCAGAAGGGGAAACGUCAAAUUUCACGAACACCUCGCUGCGCAACGCAAGCGAAUCAUCACCGAGGUGAACGCAUACGUGAAAAAGUACGUUGAACGAUUUCAACCCGUGGCGUUGUAUACCAUUUUGCCUCAGCUUGUUGCUCGAAUAACGUAUCAGAAUCAGGCGAUUCACGAAAUUUUGCAGAACAUGAUUGCAAAGGUUGUCUACAGUUUUCCACAACAAGCCUUGUGGACAUUGAUGGCAGUGACAAAGUCAAUCGAUAAAACAAGAGCUCAAAGAGGACUUCAAGUCAUCAACAAGGUGGUUGACAUACAGAAAAAGGUUACGAAGAACGCAUCAAGUACCGAACUACGUGCGAUGAUCUCAAAUGCCCAACGCUUUACAGACGAGCUCCUCAGAGUGGCUGAUUACCAGAUUGAGGGCAAAGUCAGCAAGAUCAGCCUUGCUAGAGAUCUUGGUUUUAACCAUAAAGUCGCACCAUCGAAGUUAGUGGUACCAGCAGAAUCGUGUCUCAUUCCUAACAUCCCCACGACCAUGGAUCCUGCAAAUAUGAAAGCAUUCCGUGCCUUCCCGAACGAGCCAGUGACAAUCUCGUCAUUUGUGGACGACGCGCUGGUCCUAUCAUCACUCCAGAAACCACGAAAGAUGAUUGUUAGAGGAUCUGAUGGACAUUCAUAUGCUAUUCUUGCGAAACCGAAAGAUGACCUACGCAAGGAUCAACGAUUGAUGGAAUUUGACACCAUGAUUAAUCGGUUCCUAAAGCGCGACAUUGACGCGGCAAAACGAAGACUGUACAUCAGAACUUAUGCAGUAAUCCCUCUCAACGAGGAAUGUGGUGUCAUUGAGUGGGUUAACAGCCUCAAAACAAUGAGAGAUGUGCUCUUGAAGCUCUAUCGCGAACGCAACGUCGCCAUUGAUUAUGGGAAGUUGAGAACCACCCUCGACGAUAUUUGCGCCACCUCAACAGACAAAGCAAAGGAUUUCACCGAUCGAGUCUUGCCCUUUUUCAUGCCCGUCCUUCGCUACUGGUUUGUCGAAACAUUCCCCGACCCAAGUACAUGGCUCAACGCACGAAUACGCUACACACGUUCCGCAGCCGUCAUGUCCAUAGUUGGACAUAUACUCGGUCUCGGCGACCGUCACGGUGAAAACAUCCUUUUCGAAGAAGACAACGGCGGCGUCAUGCACGUCGACUUCAAUUGCCUCUUCGAUAAAGGCCUCACAUUCGACAAACCCGAAUGCGUUCCCUUCCGCCUCACCCACAACAUGAUCGACGCAUUCGGCACCUUUGGCGUCGAAGGUCCCUUCCGCCGCUCCUGCGAAGUCACGAUGCAACUCCUGCGGAACAACGAAGAUGGCCUAAUGACCAUCCUCGAGACAUUCCUACACGAUCCUACCACCGAUUUUCAGACUGCGGGCAAGAGACGAAAGGGCCGAGAUCCUGACGGCUUGGUCCCGGAUACUGCUGAGAAAAUGCUCGAGGGCGUAAAGGGGAAGCUUCGGGGAAUGCUGGUGGGAGAGUCUGUGCCGCUGAGUGUGGGUGGAUAUGUAGAGGCGACGAUCAAGCAGGCGGCUGAUCGGGAAAAUCUGGCGAGGAUGUAUAUUGGGUGGUGUGCUUUUUUGUAA